UUACAAAUGUAUAUCAAUGCUGAUACAUCAACAGCAGGUUUUUUUGUUAUUCAAUUUGAAGAUGGUUUAACAAACAAUCCAAUUGAAGGAUAUACAUUUGAUGAAUGA